CGGGGACAAGGACACGGGGGCCCAUUGGCUCGAUGCGCUCGGCGCUCGCACACAGAUGCCAGCCCCCGCCAUUUUCGGCGCCGAGGGGAGAGCGGCGGCAGGCGGAAGAAGAGACGAGCAGCCGCCCGCCCCCCCCCCCCCUGCACGGGGCGCGAGCAGCUUCCAAGCAAAGGACACAAAAAGAGAGAGGAAGAAAAAGGAGAAGAUUCCAUUGACACCGAAUGCAGCGAACUAGGAAACAUGGAUCUGAAAUUCAACUCCUCAAGGAAAUAUAUUUCGAUCAGCGUACCUUCCAAAUCGCAAGCCAUGUCACCUCAUAUCAAAUCAGUAGAUGACAUAAUCGUUCUCGGCAUGAAUCUCAGCAAAUUUAACAAACCCACUCAGUUUUUUAUUUGUGUUUCUGGAGUUUUUAUGUUUUAUCUAAUCUAUGGAUAUUUACAGGAACUGAUAUUUUCAGUGGAGGGUUUUAAGCCCUUUGGUUGGUACCUUACUUUAGUGCAAUUUGGGUUUUAUUCCAUUUUUGGACUAAUAGAACUGCAGCUUAUUCAGGAUAAAAGGAGACGAAUCCCAGGCAAAACCUACAUGAUAAUAGCCUUUCUAACUGUAGGGACUAUGGGUUUAUCAAAUACCUCCUUAGGAUAUCUGAAUUAUCCUACUCAAGUCAUCUUUAAGUGCUGUAAACUGAUUCCUGUUAUGAUAGGAGGAGUCUUUAUACAAGGAAAACGUUAUAAUAUUGCAGAUGUGUCUGCGGCAAUGUGUAUGAGUCUUGGCCUAAUAUGGUUUACUUUAGCUGACAGCACAAUCGCACCAAAUUUCAACUUGACAGGUAAAGAAGCAUUUUACUUUAUGGUUUAAUAAUUCUUAUUUUGCCUAGAAUGAGCAUUGCAUAAAAGUGGGAGCCUUUGGUGGUAGAUUUUGUUAUAUCAUUUUACCAGCAGCACUACAGCUAUAAUAGAAGAGACACUAUCAUUCUAAGCCUUAGUUCUCAAGCACUUAAAACUUCCCCAGAUAUUACCCUUGGAUCUGAAAUAUCUCUGGUGGAUCUCAGUACAGAAGUAAAUAUAUCUUGAGAAGUUUGAUAAAAUUCCAUUUGACCAGUUUUGAAAUAUUUUAAAUAGAAUAAAAAGUGGGUUUUGUUAACUUUCAGACUUAUUUCUUGCAGCUGGUAACUGAAACUUUUUUCUUUACCUCAUCUUUGCUAUAGAUUUAAUCCUCAGUGAGAACUAGUGUUCUUGACAUAAUUUCUUCAUGUAAGUUAGAAAUAGUAGAAGAUAUUUUAACUGAUGUGAUACUUCAUAAAUUCCUAUCUAAAAUUAAAAGGGAAAAAACACUUAUGCAUUCAUUUUUGUAUAAAUUAGCGAAAUCAAAAGGAACUUUUGCUGGACCACCAAAAAGCACAGCAGGUCUAACCUUGGGAUUAAUUUCAAGUUUCUGCCUCUUUCCCCUGAGGUACUAGAACUGUCCAAAAAAUUCAGUUUUUUAAAAUAAAGACAAAUUGCUUAUUUUCAUUAAGUUCUUACUCAAAAAGGGCUUAACCAUUUUUGCACUGACACUCAAACUGGAAAAUUUCACCCUGAAAGUUGAAAGUUUGACCAAGUUAUAAGUGACUGAAAAAGGCUCUUUAAAUGGAAACAGUCAAUUUUAAUUCAGUGCUUCAUCUACAAUAUCUCAAAUAUAUGUAUUUGAAUAAGCAAUCAUUUCAGUUUGCACCUGGUGUAUUACAGGGCUUCAAACUUUGAAAUCAGCAUUACCAAUCUCCAACAGAAAGGUAGGGCCUCUUCAGAUUCCAUCUUAAAGCGGAUGGGACUAUAGACUUUGAUAUCCAUCACCAUUAAAAUCCCUUGAGUCCAGCAAGUCUGUCAGCCUUUCUGUUACGCUCCAUGCUGCUACCUUAGAACUGCACAUGCUUUCUAGAGAGUACAGCUCUGAAAAGCAUACCUCACAGUGGAACUGCACAUAUGUUCUCAGGAUUAUGUAAACACAGUGCUUCAUAUUUUACUAAUUUAACAAUUACAUUAAAACAAUUCUAGUGCAAGAUUGUUUGGUGUUACACAUACUUAAUGCCCACAUCAUGAAAUUUCAAGUUGUUUCAUGCAGUAACCAUGAGUUAUGUGCUAUAUAAUAAGGCAUUGGAGUUAAUGUAAGAGUAACAUGUAUGUACAAUGUAGAAAUUUAGGGCUGUCCAUUUUGAAGCUGUUUUUAUUUCAGGAGAUUCAGAUGAGACAUAGUAUAAUUGUUUGACAAUUCAUUGUGGAACCUUCAUUCAUACCAGCAUUGGUUAAUCCUAAAACAAAAUGAUCCCUUUUUUAGGGAAGAAACCUUACCUUUUCAGAAAGGUUAUCCAUCUAGUGUUGAGCGGUGCUCAAAAAGUAAUGAUUUAUGAUGAUGUCUGAACUCAGAUGGUUAUUUAGUCUUGUCCUAGUUUUGCUAUGUUGGCUUUAUAAUGUGUGUCACUUUAGUGGUAUUACAACUGGAAAAAAUGCUACCUAUCUAAAUUAUAGGCUCUACCUGUAUACAUCUACAUAGUGGAACAAGAGACAAGAUGUGUAGUUGAACAGAGAGACAUGUAUUUUGGGUACAACAUGUGGGUAUGUUCUUUUUUGCACCCACCAAAUAAGUAUAUCCCAGGAAAAACACAUGUAGGCACAUGUUCUUACUGAGGUUUUAAUAGUUAAAAGCUAUUUUUAAGUGGCAUUCUUUAAAAUCAGAUUUUAAAAGGUCAGAUUUUUAUUUCUGAAUUUGUGUGAAAAUAUCUCUCUACAAACUGAAGGACUGAAGACCAUGUUGGUCCUAACACCUUCAGUAAUUUGAUGUAAAUAUGUCUUCCGUAUGUAGUCUUUGAGUAUUGUCAAUAUAAGACAACAAACAGCACUACUUUUUUCCUUUUUAAGGCAUUUAGGACCCAUUUCAACCAAAGAUCUAUCUUGACACACAAUACAAAAGGAUAAAGAAAGACAGAGUUGAAGGGCUAGGGCACAGGACUGGAGCUCAAAAGAGAGUCUUCUUUCAGAAGACUGGGUCUGAGUUUUUUCCUGCUUUGCUGUUUACCUGCUGUGUAAGUUGAGCAAGUUACCUCUCUGCACCUUCCUCCCACCCUGUAUCUGUCCAGGUCAUAAAAUCUAGUGUGAACUGGGGUUUCCGUAGUUUAGAAGCUGGAUAUUUUAUUUUAUUAGCUGAAUGAUGGAGGUAGGAGGCAGCUUAGUAUAGUUCCUAAAAAGUGGGCUUACUUUUGACAUUACAUCAGUAUAAAUCAAGAGUAACUCCACGGAAGCCAGUGGAAUUAACCUAAGAAUUUUCUCACUGUGUAAUUUGAUGUACCUUGUCCUUGAAUAAUUUUUUUUUUUCCUCU